UCCCUCUCUCUCCGACACACACGUGCGCGCGCGCGCGCAGACCAACACCUGCGCAGAAUCUGUCAAUCACGCCGACGCCGCUUAGGUUCGCUCUCCAAUCUCUCAUUCAUCCCGACAGUCAGACAGCCUCCAUUUUUAUCAGGAAACUCUCCGCGGUGGAAAGAGUUCAUUUUCGUGGAUUGGUUGGCUAUAUUUUGUUUCCUGGAUUUGAAAUGAUGCUGAAGUGAUGCUGCUUCGCUGUUCCAAGCCGCUGUAGACCAACAUCACCAACAUCAUCAUCAGCAUCAUCAUAAUCAUCAUCGCCGGUAUGAGUCUGAUCGAAAUCUCGAUAUGAGAGAUUUGGAGUAAUAAAACCCUCAGGACUGUAGAAGAUCUCAAGUGUUUAAAACGUUGAUGUUAACGCGCUGGAGAACGCCUCAGUGGCAGGAAUCAAGCAAAGGCACAAAUGAAACUCUGCGACUGAGAAUAAGGCUCUGAGAAUCAUUGUUACCACACACAAAUUCACUUAUUACUCACACACACACACACACACACACACACACAAUGGCACUGGACAACACCGGCUUCUCCUCGUGCCCUGAAUCCCUGUCCCUCCCAGUUCCAGAGAAAGGGGAGGAGCCUGUGGAGGAGGACCCAAAGGAUGCCCCGCCCACCGAUUUACAGAACACAUUUGAGGAGCUGGGGCACGUCGUAACCACGGAGACAGCCCCGCCCACACAGCCACCGACCAGUAACAACAUGUCCUUCCAGGCCAAGAUGGCUGCGAGGGAGGCACAAGCCAAUCAGCACAGGAAGAAACUUCAGGGGGUGGGGCAAGAGAGGGGCAAGUUUGGAUGGGGGCGCAGCAGGCGUAAGAGGCAGCGCUACGUGGAGAAGAACGGCCGCUGUAAUGUGCAGCACGGGAACAUGCGCAAGACGUACCGCUACCUGACGGAUAUCUUCACCACUCUGGUGGAUCUGAACUGGCGCUGCUCUCUGCUGGUCUUUGUCCUGGCGUAUGCAGUUACCUGGCUCUUCUUUGGAGCAAUAUGGUACCUCAUUGCAUACUGCAGGGGUGAUCUGGAUCAUUUGGAGGACGAGACGUGGACUCCAUGUGUGAAUAAUGUUAAUGGAUUCAUCUCUGCGUUUCUCUUCUCCAUUGAAACGGAGACAACCAUUGGCUACGGUCACCGUGUCAUUACUGACCAGUGUCCAGUGGGCACCAUGUUACUCCUGCUACAGGCCAUACUGGGAUCUAUGGUCAAUGCAUUCAUGGUUGGUUGCAUGUUUGUGAAGAUCUCCCAGCCGAAUAAGCGAGCCGAGACACUGGUGUUCUCUCGUAAUGCUGUCAUCUCAUUGCGGGAUGACAGGCUCUGUUUGAUGUUUCGCGUCGGGGACUUGAGAUCCUCCCACAUCGUGGGCGCCAACAUGAGAGCCAAACUUAUCAAAUCCAAACAGACACAGGAGGGUGAGUUUAUUCCACUGGAUCAGACAGAUAUCAGUGUGGGAUUCGAGACAGGGGACGAUCGUCUCUUCCUGGUGUCUCCAUUGGUGAUCUCUCACGAGAUCGACGUCCGCUCUCCGUUCUGGGACAUGUCACAAGGUCAGCUGGAAAAAGAGGACUUUGAGAUUGUGGUCAUCCUGGAGGGGAUGGUAGAAGCUACAGGAAUGACCUGUCAGGCGCGGAGCUCUUACCUGGCUGAAGAGGUGUUGUGGGGUCACAGGUUCAGUCCCAUGAUGUCACUGGCCGAGGGAUUUUUUGACGUGGAUUAUGGGGCUUUUCACCACACAUUUGAGGUGAACACGCCCUCCUGUUCUGCGAGAGAGCUGGCAUUGGCUACCGCCCGUUUAGACGCUCAUCUCUAUUGGUCGAUUUCCAGUCGGCUUGAUGAAGAUAAAUGGGAGGGGCCUAAUCUGACUGAGCAAACGGAGAAGUCCACGGAUUCAGAAUCUGUCAGGGAGGGAGACGGGCCAACAUUUACUGUGGGUGGAGUUACAAAUACUCAGGACCAAUCAGUUGUUGGAGAACAGAAUGGCAGUGUGACCACUGACCAAUCAGAAUCUGAGGCUUAAAAGGAUGCAAGAAUGUAUAAAGGUACGGAAAAUAUUCGAAGGAGUCCACAGUUGAUGUUAAAACUUUGGAUUGUUCAGCGAUCCUCAAGCCACCGUCUUUGAGUUAGAUUUGUAAAUGUAUAGUGGCUAAAGCCUAGCAUAGAAUACUUUCCCCAAGGGGGAAAUCCUAGCGUCUCCUUGUAUUUUCGGUCAGAUUAAAUCUUAACUUUUGAUGUUUCACCACAACACUGCCUUCGAGUUCACACAGUAGCUCUAUUUCAAUCCCACUGUCAGACGUCUACUUAGACGUCAUCCUAACUGAAAUAAAACCUGUGAAGGACACAUGCGGUGUUGCUUUAAAGGGAUAGUUCACCAAAAAAAGAAAAUGAUGUCAUAAUUUACUCACCCUCAUGUUGUUCCAAACCUUGUGCUGAACAGAAAGAAGAUAUUUUGAAGAAUGUGGGUAAAAGUCCUUCUGUUCCCUAUUGACUUCCAUAAUGUUUUGUCCUAUGGAAGUCAAUGGCUACCAGCAGCUCUUCAAAAUAUCUUCUUUUGUGUUGAACAAAAGAAAGAAACUCAUGCAGGUUUGGAAUAAGUGGAGUGUGGGAAAGUGACAGAAUGGUCAUUUUUUGGGUGAAUUAUCCCUUUAAAUGUGGCUAAAACUAAGGAACUUGCUAGGUUUUGAAACCAAACGAACAUGUCUGAUUUAUAUAAGUACCAAUCAUUAGAGUAAACUGAACCGUCUCUAACGUUUCACUGCCUUUGUGUUCAGCCAGAGCGGGACUAUUUUUAAAGCAAUCUUCUAGAACAAGUCAGUGCAAGUUGUUUACAGUCACGUUGGCUAGUUUCACAUGUACCUGAAAAAGAAGUGAACGUGUUACCAUGGCGACAUUACAUUCCAAUUCGCAACAUCACAGCAGAGUUUAGCUUUAGUUUCUUAAGAGUCAGCCGGUGGUAAAAUUAGCACACGCUCACGACUGCCGAACAGUCUGAGAAAGUCAUGUCAUUAUGUGAGCGGAUCUAGAUGAGAAAUGGCUAAAAUGGAUUCAAAUACGAGAGAUAUUGUAUGCUAUUAGGCCAUAGCAACUUUUCAACAUCUAAUUAAAUCAAUGUAGAAAUUAGCAUCAUCAUGUGAUUGAUCAGCUGUUUGCGACUGAAUGCAAACACAAUGCUAUUCUGUGUAUCUCUUAUUUAUUGAGUUCAAAUGUGUUCGUAACAACAAAUAACUCAUUGCUCAGUUGCUGCUGCAGAUGAAAUAAGAGAAGAUAUUAAUCAGUGAAUAUUUCACUUCAACAGGCCAUUUUUGACAUGUUAACUAAUGUAGUGCAACCAGGGAUGUCUUAAACCAGCCAGUCCAGGUCUCUUCCCAUGCUGGUCCAGACUGGUUUGUGGGUGAUCUUUCUGGUGAAGCUGGUUAAGUUAGUCAAGAGGUUUGGUCCGAUCGUUUUUUUUUUUUCCCAAUAUGCUUUAUUUGAGAAUGAGCUGUACAAGGGAAACAAGCUUGACAAAAAUAAGAAGACCGGCGUUUUCCAAAUGCAUCCAACAAAUACAUACAAUCAAAAUAAACCUAACAAAGAAAAUGGGAUAUUAAUGAAAUGGCAACAUUGCUGAAUAAACCGGUUUUUUUUUUUCACAAUCAGAGAAAUGUUUGAGUUGACGGGUACAGUUAUAAGUUAACAGUCAAGUUUACACACUACCUCUGAAAUUGCUGUCCAUCAUUAAAAAAUUUGGAUCAGGUUCAAUUUUAUGUGUUUUCGCAAAUGAAUCAAGCAUUUUGAUAGGAAAGGAUGAACAAAAAAAAAAGCAUUCGAAUAUUUCAGACUCGGUGUGCAAGGAACUUUAGUCCUACUUUAAUAUUAUUCAUCAUAUGUUGAAGAAACUACACUGAUCCUAGAUCUGUUUCAUGUUCAUUUUCACAGUUAUGCUGAAGAAUUUAGAUUGACAUGUAAUGUGGACAGCACUGUCAUGAGUGAUGCACUGCUGUGUGUUUGUGUAGAGUAAUGUGUGUAUGUUACAUAGAACAGUGACUUUUAUUAUUAAUGAAAGCUUUCAAUGCAUCAUUAUAAAAACUCAAUUCAGUUAAAAUUCAAUUUCAUUAUACUCACUUCAGAAGGGUAAAUGUAUGGAAGAGUCUGAAUGAAUCCACUCAGUAAUAUUUGAUUUCCUUAUUCUGGUGUUGAAGUUCUCACUUCUUAGUGCCAGUGCAGAAUUGUUUUGAAAGUUCAAAGGCUUUUGUUGUUUUUAAGAUGUUUCUCAUCAAGGCUGCAAUUAUUUGAUCAAAAAUACAGAGUAAAGUAGUAAUAAUAUGAAAUAUUAUGACAAUUUAAAACAACUGUUUUCUAUUAGAAUAUAUAUUAAAAUAUAAUUUAUUUCUAUUAUGCAAAGCUGAAUUUUCAGCAUCAUUACUCCAGUCUUGGAGUCACAUGAUCCUUCAGAAAUCAUUCAAAUAUGCUGAUUUGCUGCUCAGGAAACAUUAAUUAUUAUGAAAAGAACAAUUUAAAGAACAGCAUUUAUUUACUGUCUUUUAUUUACUGUCAUAUUUACUGUUUUUUUAUCACUGUCAUGUGUCCUUGCUGAUUAAAAGUAGUGAUUUCUUUAGACUAUACCAAUAUAAAUCUUUAUCUCAUAUGAUGAUUUUAAACAUAUUCCUCAAAAGUACAAUUCAUUUUUUCUGUAUUUUUUUAAAUAAGGGAAAGAAGAUUACUGAGUGCACCUUUACAAACUGAGUUUGAAACAGGCUGAGAUAAACUGUGUGUUUUCCCCAAGUGUUCUAGCGUGUGCUGUCCUGUAUGUGAUUUGUAGCUCACUUGAAUGUCUUUAGCACAUACGGUAAGCACAAACUCUGCUCUCAUGCGGGUUUCUCCUCUUGCUUUUGCUGCUGUUGACAUUUUUUAAAUAUGUUUUUAAGCUUUACUAUUUCUGUAUUAUAAGUCUUAAUAAAAGUAUAUUCAAAAUAA